AUGGCAGAGCCUGGUUGGGCCCAGCUUGGAGCCUUCAAGGGCUCUGGUCUCUCUAAGGCUGGCAUCGAGGAAGCCCCCAUCAAGAAGAAGCGCCCCCCUGUGAAGGAGGAGGACCUGAAGGGGGCCCGAGGGAACCUGGCCAAGAACCAGGCGAUCAAGUCCAAGACCUACCAAGUCAUGCAGGAGUGUGAGCAAGCUGGCAGUGCUGCCCCGUCUGUGUUCAGCCGCACCCGGACUGGCACCGAGACCGUCUUUGAGAAGCCCAAAGCCGGACCCGCCAAGAGUGUCUUUGGCUGAGAAGUGCACGCCACGCCACUCCCCUGGGCACUGCCAACACCUAGACACAGGAGUCUUUCCCAAGAACUUUCAUGCCAGAACUCACCUGCUCCCCUGUUGCUUCUGGGAUGGCCGCCCCUCCCCCAUAGCCCUGGCCCCUCAGCCGGGAACUCUGCACGGCACCUGGGAAACACCAAUAAAGAGGAUGCCCAAGCAGCCCCAA